AGUGGGAAUACCUCACAGGCGUGGUGGGUGCGCAGAAGCUGCAGGAGCUGUAUCCCGUCGCGUCCAAGGCCUAUGAGAAGGAGGGUCUGCGCCUCACGCUGGAGGGGCUGACGGGGUGCAACAUGGACGCGCACCGACUGCUGGCCUGGGCCGCAGACCGGCACGGCCACCGCCGCGCCUGGGACCUGCUGGAGGGCAUCUACAACGCCUACCACUGCCACGGUCUGUAUGUGGGCAGCUCGCCUGAGGGCCACGUGAACCUGCUGGCGGCGGCGGAGCGGGCCGGCCUGCCGCGGGCCGAGGCGGCGGCGGUGCUGGCAGAGCCGGGGGUGUAUGCGGAGCGUGUGCAGUCGGACAUGGCUGCACACAAGGGAGUCAAGGCCAUACCGCGGGUGGAGAUCGCCGGGAGGCUACGCCUGUCUGGCUGCAAGACUGUGGAGCAGUACGUCACCGCCAUUCGCGCCGCGCUGAGGGACAUGGAGGACGAGCAGGCGCCGGCGGCAGGAAGCCCGAGGUGUGCGCGGCAGCGCGAGGACGCCGCCGGCACCGCCCUGCUGCCGCAGCUGCACUCGGCGCCCUGCUCCCCCUGGCCCAGCGCUGGCGCCCUCAGGCCACAGCCGCAGCCGCGGUCCGGCUCACCCGUGCCACAGGCCCAGCUGCCGUCGCAGCCCAAACCACAGGCGCAGCAGUCGCAGCCGCCGCCGCACCCGCCUCAGCAGCCACCGUCGCCGCAGGCUCGGCCGCUGGCGGCAACCGGUUCCCCACCGCGAUGCCAGGCGCAGGCGCAGGCGCCGGGUCCGGGCGCGGGGUCAGGGUCAGGGCCGGGUCCGAAGCGGGCCUCCCCGUCCUUGACCUUGGCUGCGACGCGUUCGCCUGCGGCCAACCCGCUGCAGCAGCUGCUUCAGGCGCACGCCGCCGCCGCCGCCACCACCUCCCGCUUCCAGCGCAGCUCCUCCGGACCCCACAUGCUGCACCACCGCACGCUCACAGGCGGCGGCGGCGGCGGCGGGGUUGGGGUUGGGGAUGGUGGUACGGCCGGUGGCGGCCGGCCGCAGCAGGCUUCGGGGCUGCGCACCACACGGCGUCAGUUUGGCUCGGGCUUGCAUGCGGACUGCUCCGCGCACGCGGGCACAGAGGUCCUGCAGGUGCGUGUGACCGCAGCGCCGGGAGUGGAAUCGGGCUGCCCCUCCGCCUCCGCACCCGUCACGUGGAUGGAUAGUGUGGAGCCAAUGAGUCCGACGGAGGGAUUGCCCAGCGCCGGCGCCUCUGCAAGCAUCGACGGCACCGGCGCCGGCAGCGAUGGCCGCGGAGGCGGCCGCACGCCAGGCGCUUUUGCCAAGUCCUCCGAUGGCGGCGUGACGGGCGGGGGCUGCCCUGCCGCCGCCUCCCCACGCACCCGAAUGGCUCGUGUCAGCAGCGACCGAGACGGCCCAAGCUCCGCCGGAGCUGCUUCCUAUAGCUCGCCGGUUCGCGGCGCCUAUGGUGUGAUGGAUGUGGCAGUCGAGGAUGUGUCAAGCCCGGUGGGCUCGCCCGCGGAGCAGCAGCAGCAGCCACGGCGGUACCGCCGCCCGCCGGCGAAAGGCAAGUCCCUGUUGCAGCUGGUGCGGAGCGAUCUGGCGGCGGGCGCUGGAGCUGGCGGCGGCGGCGGUGGUGGUGUGUUGGUGGGAGGCGACCGAUCAGAGCGUGUGGAAUCAGCGGUACAAGUCUUACAGCUGCUGCACAGCAACCUACUUGGCGGCGGUGGUGCAAGCAGCGGCAGCAGUGGUGGCGGCGGCGGGCGCGAUGUGUCGCCCUCAUCACGCAGCCUAUUGGCGGGGCGGCUGGGUGUGGGAGGUUCCAGCAACCGUGUGCGUGUUGGCGCCACAGACCGCGAGGGGGCUCUCAUUGCCACAGCGCUUCAGCGCAAGACGUUCAGGGAGCGGGUCGUGGCUUCGUCCGACGGCACCACGGACGUGUUCCCGCAGCCGGGAAUGCUGGGCUCGCCGGGUGAGGACGGCGGCGUGGGCGGCGGCGGCGUGGGCAGGCUGGGCAGGGCCGCGGCCAUGGCCGUGCGCGCGGCUGGUGGCGGCGGCGGUGGUGGUGAUGGUGAUGGUGAUCGAUCGGCUGCCGUGACGUCACCGGGAGGCCCGACUGCUGGCGGCUCGGGGCCAACGCUCAAGCACGGCGCCACUGGCCGGAGUCUGUUGGGCGUUGGCAGCACCAGCAGCCACCACCACCUGCACCACCACUACCAGCACCCACACCAGCACAGCCCGCAGAGGGUGCAGUACGAUCGCAGUGCGUCGCUUGGGCUCGGCGGCGGCGUCAGCCCGAGCGGCGGCAGCGGCGUCAGCCCGAGCGGCGGCGGCGCAGGCAGCGACAGCGGCAGCACCGGCGCCGGCGCCGGCGGGCUUGCCAACUCAGCUCCCGGCCCGCCGACUCGCUUCAGUUGUAACGGCGGUGCGGCCUUGAUCCCCAGCAUGGUGGGCGGGGCGGCGGCGGCGGUGGCGACGGUUGGCAGUGGUGGACAGGUGGUUGGCGGCGCAGGCACGAACCGGAGCCUGAGUCCGGGCAACCAAGUGUUGCAUGUUAGUCCGAGCGGACGCCUGCCCGCAACGCAAGAAGCCGGCGGUCGUGCCGCAGAUGCGGUGGGCGCCGCGCCGCCGCACUUCGCCUCCGGCCCGUUGACGCUGGCAGCGGCGCCGCCGGCGCCGCCCGCUGGCGGCGCCACGUCAACUGGCGCCGCCGCCGCCGCCGGCGCCAUGCCUCCGCCGGUCCGGCUGGUGCUGGAUACCGCCGCGUCUGCAGGCGGCCGCGGCGCAGCCGCCGGCAGCAGCGACGGCCGCGAUUCGCAAGGCGUGCCUCUUGCUCACACCGGCGGCCUGAACACUGUCGCACUCAGCCCCGGCGGUGGCGCCUCCUCCCGGCUUGUGUCUGCAAGCCGCAGCCCGUCCGGCGCGCCGCCCUCACCCUCCGUGCUGUCUCUCACCCCCAGGCUGGCCCUCAGUGAGGUCGCUGCUGUGACUUCGCUGUUAUCAGGCUCUCCGCGGGCGGGCGGCACGGCGGGCGCCGCCGGGUCAGGCGCCACGCCGACGCCGUCGCCGCCGCACUCUCACGCGUCAAACAAGGUGGCGCCGGCGCCGGUCACAAUCAGCGUGUCUGCCCGGUUGCCGGAGGUGGCGGCACCGCCAUCCGGCCCGGCGCCACAGCUUCUGCUGUCGAGUUCCUCCGCGCCGGCGGUGGCCCAGCCGCCGUCGCCGCAGGCUCUACAGCCGCAGCCGCCGUCGCAGCCGCAGGCGCUGCAGCCGCCGCAGCCGGCAGGCAGCAAGCCGGCGGGCCGCGUGGUGACGCUCACGGGGACUCGGGCCGUGGGUGCCGGCAGUGUGCCGUCGGUGGCAGGGCCGUCGUCGCCGGGAACUGGGUCGGGCUGGGCCGGGGCGCCCGGGCCCGCAGCCGGGGCCGCAGCUAACGGGGAAAGCCGCACCACGUCUGGCAACAGCAGUAUCGGCGACGGCGCUAGUAGCGCGGGCGGCAGCCGCAGAAAGCUCAAGAGCUUCCUGCCGCCGCUGCUGGCGCGCCUCUUUGGGUAGCAUCGGAGAAAUCGAGCGGCCUAGAUGGACUGCUUUAUCGGCUACAGCCGUUUUAAUGACCGUUUCAAUGCAGCGCAUGCCUGCAUACAUUCAGCGCAUUCCAUUAUCUUUGCACCAUUCCCAGCCUUCCGUUUCUCAUUGCACAUGAUCGCACCAUUUCAAGCAUCCUGCACUCCAAUCGAUACUUGUGGGAGGAAGGCCUGACGGCGCGUAAGCCCCAUACACUAAGGUUACACCCGAGCUUGUCAUCAAGUCCUUUUACGGCGUUUCCUGCUACAUUACUCCAUGCGUUCUUUCCUGGGGCAUCUCACAGGACCAAGUGACGAUAACGCUCCUCAGUGGCUACUGCAGCAAUCGCAGCCCGCUUUUGGAGCCAUAGUUGCAACAGUUGUUAUACGCAAGACGUACACGCAUGCUACUAACUGUUGGGUGUUGAGACAGUGUGACCUUUUUAUAUUGCGGCUGGAAUGCUUUCAUGCACAUGCUCCUGCACUCGAUUGGGCUGAUGAUUAAAUAGUGGGGAUGCCCACGGGGGAUGCCCUUGGUGUGGAAUACGGGCUGCACGGCACGCCUGGCAUAACUCUGGCAGAGACGGAGUGAUUUUACAACUUCCCAUGUUGCAAACAAGCAGUAAAAAAGCAAGUAAUUGUGUUUUGACUCGAUGUUGCGGGCGACGAAGACACCAAGAAAAGCGGCUGUGAUACGACCGAUGUGCGUGAGACCGUGUGAGACUCAAGAGAUGGGUAGGCGGAGAAGUGUUGACAGCGUUUCCAGGGGGGGGUUAGAAUCUUCCGAAACAGACCCCAUGCCUCAAAUGGAUAGAGCUCAACGAGAAAAUCACGAAUCCGCUUUCAAAAUCGAAAAUGGGUUUCUGGGUGCAAAGUUAUGGAUGCGGAUGUUACAGAGGGGACAGUCCCAGCUCCCGAAGACGCCGAGCCAUCACAUGCUAUCAGGGCCCAACCCACGCGGGUACCACUCUGGUCUUUUGCUGUGUCCAAACUUUGACAGCCUGGUAGACCCAACAGGUAUCAUCUGACCAGGCCGCCAGCAUACCUACGGCUUCGUAUCGUUGUGUAGUAUACGGUUACUAUGGUGCGGAGCUGAGCAGAUGAAACCUGAAAGGCCGUACGGCUGCAGCCGUGCAUGGGGUGUGCAAUGGGACACGCAAAUAUUUUCGUCGUGAAAACUACAAGCGUGAUAGCGUGACGGAUAGCGUACGCACAGUGUAUGCAGGAUACGCAAUCGCCACUGUAAAAGGAGUAGGCA